CGCGGUGGCUGCGGGCUGGCCCGCCUGCCGCCUGAGCUGGGACAAUGACUGAGGCUCGGAGGGACAGCUCCAGCAGCUUACAGCGAAAGAAACCACCAUGGCUCAAACUGGACAUCCCGACUUCAACUCCAGCCCCUGCUUCAGCCCCAGCCCUGGCCCCAGCCUCAGCAGCUGAGGAGCCCAUCUUUGUGCCGCCUCUGAAGCGUCAAGCCUUUCUGCGAAGUAUCAGCAUGCCAGCUGAGAGUGCCCGAGUGCCAUCCCCCCAUGAACCAAUGCGGCGCCCAGCCUUGCAGAGACAGACGUCCAUCACCCAGACCAUCCGCAGGGGCACAGCUGACUGGUUUGGGGUGAGCAAGGACAGUGACACCAACCAGAAAUGGCAACGUAAGAGCAUCCGUCAUUGCAGCCAGCGAUACGGGAAGUUGAAACCCCAAGUGAUCCGGGAGAUGGAUCUCCCGAGCCAGGACAACAUCUCUCUCACCAGCACCGAAACUCCUCCCCCGCUCUACGUAGGGCCCUGCCAGCUGGGCAUGCAGAAGAUCAUCGACCCGCUGGCCCGAGGCCGGGCAUUCCGCGUGGCAGACGACAUGGAUGGCUACAGCAUCCCUCACACACCUAUCACACCUGGGGCCACCUCCCUCUGCUCCUUCACUAGCUCCCGCUCCGGCUUCAAUCGCCUGCCAAGGAGGCGCAAGAGGGAAUCUGUCGCCAAGAUGAGCUUCCGGGCAGCAGCCGCUCUCGUGAAGGGCCGAUCUGUGAGGGAAAGCACCUUGCGCAGGGCCCAGAGACGAAGCUUCACACCUGCCAGUUUCCUAGAGGAAGAUACCGUGGACUUCCCUGAUGAACUGGACACGUCCUUCUUUGCUCGGGAAGGAGUCCUCCACGAGGAGCUGUCCACCUACCCGGAUGAGGUGUUUGAAUCGCCUUCAGAAGCCGCGCUCAAAGAGUGGGAAGAGAAGCCGCCGGAGCAGGCAGACCUCACCGGAGGCGCCCUGGACAAGAGCGAGCUGGAAAGAAGCCAUCUGAUGCUACCUCUGGAGCGGGGGUGGCGGAAGCAGAAGGAGGGGGCUGCCGUAGCUCCCCAGCCCAAGGUGCGGCUGCGGCAGGAGGUGGUGAGCGUGGCAGGGCCACGGCGGGGUCAACGCAUUGCCGUGCCGGUCAGGAAGCUGUUUGCCAAAGAGAAGAGGCCCUACGGACUGGGCAUGGUGGGCCGGCUCACCAAUCGCACCUAUCGGAAGCGCAUAGACAGCUACGUUAAGCGACAGAUUGAGGACAUGGAUGACCACAGGCCCUUCUUUACCUACUGGCUGACGUUUGUGCACUCCCUCAUCACCAUCCUGGCUGUGUGUAUCUAUGGCAUUGCUCCUGUUGGCUUCUCUCAGCAUGAGACAGUAGACUCGGUCCUGAGGAACAGAGGGGUUUAUGAGAAUGUUAAGUAUGUGCAACAGGAGAACUUCUGGAUCGGGCCAAGUUCAGAGGCACUCAUCCACCUCGGGGCCAAGUUUUCCCCAUGCAUGCGGCAGGACCAGCAGGUGCACAACUUCAUCCAGGCCACCCGGGAGCGAGAGAAGCACUCGGCCUGCUGUGUGCGCAAUGACCGAUCGGGCUGUGUACAGACUUCCGAGGAGGAGUGCUCUUCCACACUGGCUGUAUGGGUGAAGUGGCCUGUUCACCCCAGCACUCCCUAUCUGGCUGGAAACAAGAGGCAGUUCGGCUCUGUCUGCCACCAGGACCCCAGGGUAUGUGACGAGCCAUCAUCCGAGGACCCACACGAAUGGCCGGAUGACAUCACUAAAUGGCCGAUCUGCACCAAAAACAGCGCUGGGAACCACACCAACCACCUCCAUAUGGACUGUGCCAUCACCGGGAGGCCUUGCUGCAUCGGUACCAAAGGAAGGUGUGAAAUCACCUCUCGGGAAUACUGUGACUUCAUGAGGGGCUAUUUCCAUGAGGAGGCCACACUGUGUUCCCAGGUGCACUGCAUGGAUGACGUCUGUGGCCUUCUGCCCUUUCUUAACCCCGAGGUUCCUGACCAGUUCUAUCGUCUCUGGCUCUCCCUUUUCCUACAUGCUGGGAUCUUGCACUGCCUGGUAUCUGUCUGCUUCCAGAUGACGAUCCUUAGGGAUCUGGAGAAGCUAGCCGGGUGGCACCGCAUAUCCAUCAUCUACCUUCUGAGUGGUAUCACAGGCAACCUGGCCAGUGCCAUUUUUCUGCCCUACCGGGCUGAGGUUGGCCCCGCAGGCUCCCAGUUCGGCAUUCUGGCAUGCCUCUUUGUGGAGCUGUUCCAGAGCUGGCAGAUCCUGGCCCGGCCUUGGCGAGCCUUCUUCAAGCUUCUGGCUGUGGUGCUGUUCCUCUUCACCUUUGGUCUCCUGCCCUGGAUCGACAAUUUUGCUCACAUCUCUGGCUUCGUCAGUGGCUUCUUCCUUUCCUUUGCCUUCCUGCCCUACAUCAGCUUUGGCAAGUUUGACCUGUACCGCAAGCGGUGCCAGAUCAUCGUCUUCCAGAUCGUCUUCCUGGGGCUCCUCUCUGGCCUGGUGAUCCUCUUCUACUUCUACCCAAUCCGGUGUGAGUGGUGUGAGCUCCUCACAUGCAUCCCCUUCACAGACAAGUUUUGUGAGAAAUAUGAAUUGGAUGCUCAGCUCCACUGAUCCAGGGCCGUGGGAGGUGGAACUUGGAAGGGGGGACAGUGGUACCGGAGCUGGGAGCUGUGUCUCCCUCUCCCCCAGGUGGGGACAGACCCGGAUCCCAUCCCACUGGCCAAUCUUGCCCACCUCCCACCCGGGCUUCCACACUCGGCAGUGCAGCCUGGCCCUGCCUCAUCUCACCAUGACUCACAUGUUUCCUGAAAACAGAAUGAUUGUGCCUUGUUCAGUUUUGUUGAACCCCUUUUAUGCCUCCAGGUUUUUAUUAUACUAGUGUCCAUAACUACCUUUUUAACUAGCCCAGCUGACGACCACCACGUGUGGCCAAUAAAUGAAACGGGAGCGUUUUAGCUGCCAUUAACUCAGA